AUGGUUGCCUGCUGCUAUAUGAAUCAGUUCGAGAAUAACCGCGUCGUUCUGACGGGGGGUGUAGAACUAAAACUCUUUGAUGAAAUAGGUUGUAAAAUGAGAAAUAAGAGCCACGAGUGCUGGGAACAGUUAUGCAAAUUGAAAGAGGUCAGAGAUAUUUUGUAUAAUGACAUGAAAGACAAAUCCUAUAUUUUAGCUGCAGAUCGUCGUUUGAAACUCUUACAACCUGAAUGUGUAGAUGAUAUUAGUUAUAAAUCCAGGCCUUUGGAUAUCCCUCCAGGAAUUGUUGAGGUACAGCAAUGGUUCGAUCAUUUAGUUCGAAAUUGUACGAAGGGAGAGGAAAUUACAGCCGCAGCUAGAACACUAAUCGCUAAUUGUUGGAGAACAAUUAGGGACACGAACAAUCUUCUGUUUCAGCAAAGAGAAGCGACUCAAUAUGCCUUUCGUCAACGGAUACACGAAAUCCAACAAGCUAGGGAUAAUUUAGCUUAUCAGAAAUAUAACCUUAUUGACGAGAUCGUAAAGAUGAUGACAGAAAUUCAGAAUAUAGAAGAACAAAUUCAAGCCAUUAGGAAUUCUUUAAAUUUAAUUCAUACGCGCUUAGAUGAUAAAAAUUGGAGAACAAGAAUGGAAUUAGUUGCCGAUGAUGUGUUUUGGGGACUGAGAGAAGAAUAUGCGCAGUUAAAUAAAGCGAAAGAAGAACUGGAGAAGAAAUUAAAUAAUGCCAGAUUAAUUUUGAAUCAAGUUCAAGAGCAUCUACGUCGAGUGGAAGACGACUUAACAAGAAAGGAAAAGUCGUUACAGUUAGAUACGGAAUGUUUGAAUCGACACACGGGGCCCGUUCAAAUCAAUACGAUGUGUCGCGGUUGA